CGAGCCAAGAUAAUGAACGAACCUCUUGAAUAAAUGGCGUUUAUCAAAAGGGAAUUAAUCCAGCGUAUGCUGUUUUUAUCUUUAUUUCUGCCUUUGACAGGUGUUUUGUGUUUUAGUGAGCUGUCAUUUGUGACGGAGCCCUGUGACGUGGCGGCCGUGCAGAACGCACGUGUUGUUCUGGACUGCCAGGCCCAAGGAGAGCCUCCCAUCGACAUCAGGUGGCUGAGGAACCGUGUGCUAGUUCGGGAGAGUGAGCAGGUCCGGCUCCUGGCCAACGGGUCGCUGCUCAUCUCCAGGGUGGAGGGACGGAGACGAGGACUCUCAGACGAAGGCUUCUACCACUGCCUGGCCAGGAACAAAUAUGGAGCCAUCCUCAGCCAAAGAGCACAACUCACAAUCGCAAGUGUCCCCUCCUUCGUGACGCAGCCUGCUCCCGUGACAGUGAGGGAGGGAGCAGUGGCCAGACUCACCUGUGAUGUCAUCAGCAGCCCCCCCGCCACCGUCACCUGGAAGCUCAACCAAAGAAUGCUACCGGCCGAGCCGGACAGAAUCACCGUCCUGCCUAACGGAGCACUUCAGAUCAGUGACGUGAGACCAGAGGAUGCUGGGAAUUACCGUUGCCUGGCGACCAAUAUCGCCGGCUGGCUUCUAAGUGAUGAGGCCACCCUUUCCGUCCGCUCAGGUCCAAGCCCCAGAGCUGUGGUUGGGCCUGAGAUCGUUGUGGCUCCACAGAACAUCUCAGCUCCACAGCACCGCACCGCUGUCCUGGAGUGUGUCGCCUACGGCAACCCUCGGCCCCUGGUGUCAUGGAGCAGGGCGGACUCCACGCCCAUUGAUGUGUUCAACGCCCGCGUGCACGGCAACGGUAACCUGGUGAUCUCUGAUGUGCAGCCUCGCCACAGUGGCGUCUACCUAUGCAGAGCCACCACCCCCCGAACGCGCAACUUCACCUCUGCCGCCGCCAACCUCACCGUGCUCAUGCCCCCCUCCCUGGUGGAGCGCCCAGAGAGCCAGACCCACCCCCGUGCUGGCACUGCCCGCUUCACCUGCCGCGCGGAGGGGGUGCCCCACCCACGCAUCACCUGGCUCAAGAACGGCCAGGAGCUGCACUCCAACGGCAGGGUGAAGAUGUACAACAGCGGCAGUAAGCUGGUGAUCACCCAGAUCACGCCUGAGGACGACGCCAUGUACCAGUGUGUGGCCGAGAACUCGCAGGGUUCGCUGCUGGCAGUGGCACGGCUGGUUGUGGUCAUGUCGGAGGACCGUCCAAGCGCGCCCAGGAAUGUGCGGGCCGAGACCAUCUCCAGCUCAGCCAUCUUGCUGGCCUGGGAACGGCCACAGUACAACGCAGACAAAGUCAUUGCCUACUCCGUGCACUACACGAAGGUCGAGGGUCUGAAUAACGAGGAGUACCAGGCAGUCAUCGGUAACGACACCACCAGCUACAUUGUGGACGAGCUGGAGGCAGCAGGCAACUACAGCUUUUACAUCGUGGCCUACAUGCCCAUGGGCGCCAGCCGCAUGUCCGAGCCUGUCUGCCAACACACCCUGGAGGACGUUCCCUUGCGUACUCCGGAGCUGAGUCUGACGAGCCUGAGCCCCACUGACACCCUGGUGUCAUGGCGACCGCUGUCGGUGAAGGUGAGCCGCGGCUGCAUUCUGUCGUACCGGCUGUCCUUCCGCACUGCGCCGGACGAUCAGGUGACGGUGCUGGAAUUGCCGGGAGACAACGUGACUCAGCACCUGCUGCAGGAUCUCCAGCCGGACACCAUCUACCUGGUGCGCAUCGCCGCGGCAACCCGAGUAGGCUGGAGCCAGCCAUCCGCCUGGAGCUCCCACCGAACACCCAAGACCUCCAGCUCCACAGUUCCCCUGGCUCCAGUACUCCAGCUGCAGUCCAUCAACUGCACCUCCAUCUCUGUGCGCUGGCACCCAUCUCCUGGCAGUGCUGUUGCCCUGGGUUACCGCCUCUUCUAUCAUGAGGAGGGUCAGCCAGAAGGAGGCAGCCACCAGCUCCCAGCCGAGGACCAGCAAUACACCAUCACAGGCCUGGGCCCGAGAGAGAAGUACCAUGUGAAGCUGCUUGCCUUCAGUCAGAAUGGAGAUGGUUACCAGGCCGACCAGACGGUCAGCACACCAGGAUGCCCAUCUGCCCCUACACGCCGUGUGGCCACUGUCCCGCCCCCAGACCAUCUGACGGCCCAAUCCCAUAAUUCCUCAGGAGUGCUGCUGCGCUGGCGGCGCCCAGCGUUCGCGUCGGUCCGGCUGCUGAACUACACGGUCCGCGUCAGCCCCGUGGGCCCCCAGAACGCCUCCACGGUCCACUACACACACACUAGCAACCAGAGUCUGCUGGUCUCCGGUCUGAAGCCCAACACGCGCUAUGAGUUUGCCGUCCGUCUUCACCUGGACCAAGGGUCCAGUUCCUGGAGCCCUGCGGUCUACCAGAAGACACUGCCCGCAGCGCCCCAGCGCCCGCCGGGGUCCAUCCGAGUGCUGCUGAUCGAGGAGCGGACAGCGCUGGUGUCGUGGAGAGAGCCGGAGCAGGAGGGGGUGGUGGUGGGUCACUACACCCUCCUCUACGCAUCACACGCCGCCUGGCUAGCCGGGGAGUGGCAGAUCCUACAGCGGGAGGGAACCAACACGAUGGCUCUGUUAGAGAACCUGGAGCCAGGGAACAUCUACCUCAUCAAGAUCUCAGCAUCCAAUCAGGUUGGAGACGGACCCUUCUCCAGCGCCGUGGAACUGUCUGUACCGAGCCACCAGGGGAAGAUGCCCAGACACACACACGCUCGCUCAAAACCCACAGACUUGUCUGAUGGCCUCUACAGCAUUGACCAGCGCUCCAUGACAGGGAUCGUUGCUGGCGUGUGUAUCGCGUUGGCCUGCAUCGUCCUGUGUGUCUUCAUCCUGAUUAUCAAGAGCAGGGUCAGGAAGUCUGCACUCGAUAAACCUGCAAGGCGGCACUCUGGAGACACUGUGAUCUCACCUGCUGAUGGACAGCCAGAGAGUGCGGAGGUUCUGGUCCCUAUGAUGGGGAACCAUUUCAUCGACUCAAAGGGGGGGACUAAUCUGGUGAUAAACGCAGCGGGUCCGGUCAUCACUGUGGGUCAGAGCAAGGGCAGGAAGUGGAGCUUCUUCAUUAAAGAACAGAAUCAUCGAUCCAGGAAGGAGAAGCCUCACACGCGUGGGUGUGUGUACAAGGCAGGGACAACCUUGUUGAGGUACGAGGAGGAGCUGACGGUAGCCAAUCAGCAGCCUGUGUGUCUACGCCUGUCCUGUGGCCCGCUGGGAGACUCCGAGAGCUCGCACACCAGUGACGGCAGCCGCGAGACUGGAGACUCCGGACACUACUCCCACGAGGAGAGCAGUGAGUCGGCCGACACCUCACCGCCAGGCCCAGGAGCGCAAGAACAACAGGAGUGUCUGACGGAGGAGAUGUCUGGCGAGUGUGUGUCGGAGGAGUUGUCUGGCGAGUCUUUGUCGGAAGAGAUGUCUGGCGUGUGUGUGUCGAAGGAGAUGUCUGGCGUGUGUGUGUCGAAGGAGAUGUGCUGUACCGUGUCUAUGGACAGCACUGAGGGGACUAGCUGCGCCUCCACAGUCUUCCAGCAGAGGGCAGUGGUGGUGCAUGCAGGGAGCUCCUGCCACGGCCCCCCUCCCUCGACUCCUCCCCAGCACUGCUAGCCCUGCAGAUGGCACUGUGGUCCACUCUAAGACUGCAGGGGGCAGUCUUCCACAGUGCUGCUAGCCCCUGCUGGGCUCAAUCUAACCUCAGGAAAUGGCCACUCGUUAGUGGGUGGUGGGUUCAUGUAGCUUUAGACCCUCCCCAGGGGUCAGUCCACUUUAUUUCACCUCAUGGGGUGCCUUCGUCUCUCUGCUACUCUUCUCUUCCUCCCUACACUCGCCUAAUCUCCUUUUCUGCUCCUCUUCCUCCUCCCUCUCUUCCUCCUCUUCCUCCCUUUCAUCCUCCUCCUCCUCCUCCUCUACCUCUGCCUCAAGUGUUCAAGAAAAAGAGCACACGCUAAACUCUUGGCUCUGCAUCCUGCUGCUGCUGCUGAAUGUUGCCCAGCAGAUGACCGGGAGGUGGAGUUUAGAGAAAUCAUGAUGUGCAGUCUACUACAGAAGGCCUUUGGAUGAGUUUGUCUCACAGCAGAGUUUUUUCAUUAAAGUUGAAAGUGUGUGUUUGCAAGCCUGUCCUCUCCACCAGAUGCGUGCCUGGUUGUGGACGCUCUGUCACUGGACAACCUUGGAGCACAGAGCCCAGUCCACACCACGACGUAACGCGGAUCGGAGGGACUAGCCUGGAGUGUAUGUUUUAUACGUCUCACCAAAAAUGAAUGUCUCCAAAGAAUGUCACAAAUGUGAAGCUUUAUGAUGUGUGCUUUUACAGAGUUUAUGAGCAGGGCCGGGAGGCCUAUUAGCCCCUACCUGCUUAAAUGUCUACCUCAGGUUACCAUGGAAACAAAUGAAGCUAUGAUAUUGGUUAGGUGGUGUAUGUGGCGUGGGAUCAUCAGCAGUAUUCAUUAGUGUUUUCAUUGCUUCCUUGGUUACUGGCAUCAUUUUAAGGAAUGUUUGAUUGCCUAACCAAAGUCGUAUUUGAGCAUAUAAUUAAUAACGUGCCAUUUUCUGUUUGUUUUAUUUGUAACUUGUGAACUACAGAGACAUGUUUUUUUUCUCUGUAUGGGAGAUCCAGUUCUGUUUGUGUGAUUAUGUUGGUUGGGGCUUGUUUUAUCAAGUCUCAUGAUUAUGUUGGUUUGGGCUUGUUUUAUCAAGUCUCAUGUAGUGCUUUCUGUUGACGCUGUGUGCACGCUCCUUCAAAUAGAAGGUUGUGUGUUUUUUUUUUUUAUAAAGGGUGCCUGGAGUCAUUCAGACCCUCAUUUUGGCUUCAUCUAUUAUUUUGGUUAAGGGGAUUUGAUGUGAAUUUCAUUAUUGAUAAAUAUUUUGUAUUUGUAUUGUUGUCCAUUGUUUUGAACAAUAUGUAUCUUUUAAGUGGAAGGUUUCAGUUAUCGUAUAAUUUGGUGAUCUUUUCCCUAUUUUACUUUCAUCUUCUUCAAAAACAACCAAAAAUAGAUGUUCUGAGGUUUUCAGUUCAUCGAUCUUUUAAAGCUUUAAAUGAAGGCCUUACUGUUGAAGGUCGUGUUAUUUGAUUUAAAUAACUCUGAAUCCAAAGAAUGAAUGACAAGAAGCUACUCUGAUGUAGAAUAUGCCAAAAAACUGUUCCCUCCAAAGAUAUCUAUAUUUGUGCGUAUGUUGAAGUGCCAGAGGAAGCGGUAGACCUCCUGAAGUUACGACUUCCUUUAGGGCCAGGCCUGAGGGCUGAGUCCUGUUUCAUUUCUUUGCCUAGUGUUUUAGAUUGUAGAAACUAGUGGUGACAGAUGCUACCAUCCAAAGAGCUGCCUACUGCUACGCCAGAGGUUGGGCUUCCCUUGAUGAUAAUCCUUUGAGAGACACAAUGAGGGAGUGUCAAUCAUGCAGAGUAAUUGUGUCCACUCAUCUGUGUAAUAGAUAAAAUGAUGACGAUCACAGGAAAAACAGCAACACUUACAGUCAUGUCACCCGGCUCUGCUGGAAGGAAGCAUCUUUGCAGUAUUUUCUUGUGCUUCUUUACAGCAGUGUGUCCGUUUGGUUUGCAGAGGAUCCGGGCGACCUUUGGUGUGCAGUGCAGCAAAAUCAGUUUUAUAUACACUUUUAGAGACACCAUAAUCUAUACCAAAGAUUCAGUGGUCGCCACAACGUGUUGUGUGUAUUCAUUUGGCUUAGAACAUUUUCACAUAUCUAUAUCUAAGAACGUUUUUGACUGCUAAAUUGUAUUUGUUUUUGAAAAGUGUUUCUGAUCAUAUGUUGCCCAAAGAGUUCUGUUGCCAAUAUCAUGAAAUUUGAAUGUACAAAUGGAAUGCAGUACCAGGUUCUGAUCUGUGAACCCCUUUUCUGUUCAUUUUUGCAUUUUUAUUUUAUUCAUUUGAGUGUGGUUUUCUGCAUGAUAUGAAAUGCCUCCCUUGGUUUCCUCCAGUGCUGUUUGCCCCUGCUGAGGGCCCCGGGGCAGUUUGGGCCCUAGGGCAUAACUCUGGAGGGCCCCCAGCUCUUGAAAGGGGCAAACAGCACUCCUAUCACUGUUAUUAUUUAAGACUGCAGCGCGGCGUGGUCUCCUGUCAUUGUUAUUGUUCACGAUUGCUUGUGUCUCUUGUUUGUUUUCCUGUAUUUUGUCUGAAAGCAUUUCUCCACAAACCAAUUUUUCUAAGCAAGAAUUUACACAAUUGAUGCAUUGGUGUAUUGUAUAUGAAGUUGUUGUAUCAGAA